CGCCUUUUCGUCUCAGAGUGAGAUAUUGAUGGUGCAUCAGUGAGUAAGAAUGACAGUCACAGAACUAUCAAAUUCGGUGCCCGGGGCCCCGAUAAUUACUAAAUGAGCAAUUUGUCGUAGACUUCACUGCCCAAAGCGUUUUAAUAGGCGUUUUACAUCAUCAUCACUGCAACCUUUCCACUGAAUUUACAGGAAAUUACUCGGAGAUCAUUAGACAUGAUGUCAACCCAAAAGACAUUGCUGACUGAUUUAAGUAAAAAUUAAUAAAGUCAGUUACUACCGACAACGCCGCUUGCAAGAACGCGAGCCCUGCUGAAAGCGGGGAAAAACACAGAAGGUCUUAAAUCAGGCUCCGCCCAUCCAGACGUCAGUGCUGGAGGCUAGAGACGCUGGUUGCCAUGGAAGCAAUCAAGAAGCGCAGGUGUUUGAUGGUUGUAUCUGCGUAAAUGUUUGCACUCAUAAACUUUUCACAUACUACUCGCCGCCACCACCACACCCCCCCCCCCCCCGGAUCAGGGAGAAGUAAGUUUAACAGGUGACACCACCCUUGAAGGAAGGAGUUGGUGCAUUGCCGCCCCCGCUUUGAUUGUGUCGUGCUCCUGGGCCUGAAGCCUCUCUGGGAUUUACCGCAGGAGCGAAAGGGAUGAAUAACGGUGUCUUCUUAUACACUCCGCCCGUCAGCAGGGACAGAGUGAUCUCCAGGUUCCCUAAGUCUUACAGACCUGAGGCCUGUCUUCAAUUUAAAGAUCAUUUCCAUUUUGAAGUUAAAUCUGCCUGCAAAGGACGACAAACCAGAAAUGCUGGACUCAAAAUAUCAAAGGUGGUGGUAGUCGGGGACCUUCAUGUGGGAAAGACAAGCCUGAUUAACAGGUUUUGUAAAGAUGUGUUUGACCGACACUAUAAAGCCACAAUUGGAGUUGAUUUUGAAAUUGAGCGGUUUGAAAUUGCUGGAGUCCCAUUCAAUCUCCAAAUCUGGGACACAGCGGGGCAGGAGAAGUUCAAGUGCAUUGCCUCUGCCUAUUAUAGAGGUGCUGAAGUCAUUAUAAUAGCCUUUGACCUGGCUGACAUAAAGACCCUGGAGCACACAAAGCAGUGGUUAGAGGAUGCACUGAAAGAAAAUGAUCCAGGUUUAAAUUCCAUAUUUCUUGUUGGAUCUAAGAAGGAUUUAUUAUCCCAAGCUGAAUGUGACAGAACAGAAGCUGAUGCUAUUAAAGUAGCGAAUGAGAUGCAAGCAGAGUAUUGGUCUGUGUCUUCUAAAACAGGUGAAAAUGUGAGGGAAUUCUUCUUCAGAGUAGCAGCCCUGGCAUUUGAAGCAUCUUUGCUGAAAGAGUUGAAAAGAAAUGACUUGACCUCUUCAAAGAUUGGCGAGGGAAGCACCAUCUGCAUUGAAAGAGCCACAGCUGAAGACUUGGAAAACACGUCAAGCUGCUGCUGAAGUUCAAUUGCCAGCCUUGUGUGACGUUGACUCUUACCCUCUGUGUACUUUGUAUCCUGUGUUCACAAGUCCAGAGUUUCAGAAAGUAAACUACAUAGAAUGCAAUCUGAUGUCAGGUCAGGACAUGCAUUACUUGUGAUUUAUAGAAAUAGGAAAAUAAUAGGAUGACUGGAAACUUCAGAAACCAAGCUAAGUGUUCUGAAGGAAAAUUUGUCCUGGAUGAUCUGAAAAAAAAUCAUUACAUCAAUGUAACUACUUUAUAAAUAUAUACAAAGCAAGAAUUUAAGCAAUGGUUAGCACUGCUAAUCAAUCAUUUACUAAUUUGGACUACUCAUGUCAAACGACACUAUCUGACUUGAUGCCUGUAAUAAAUAACAUCAUUGAAAUUGCUCUUUUAUGAAACAGUAAAUAUUUUGCAAGAUGGCAAAGUUUGUGAGCUUUUUAUUUGUAAUCUUUGUAAAAGUAUUGCUCCUAAUCAUUGACAAAGUUGUUUUAAUGAUCAAAAUCCUCUCUGAGAACAGAAAACUAUAAUGUUUGUUCUGUGAGUACAAGAGAAUAUGAAGAGGUGACUUGAUAGAGGUGUAUAAGAUGAUGAGAGGCAUUGAUCGUGUGGAUAGUCAGAGGCUUUUUCCCAGGGCUGAAAUGGCUAGCAUGAGAGGGCACAGUUUUAAGGUGCUUGGAAGCAGGUACAGGGGAGAUGUCAGGGGUAAGUUUUUUACACAGAGAGUGGUGAAUGCAUGGAAAGGGCUGCCGGCAAUGGUGGUGGAGGCAGAAAUUAUAGGGUCUUCUAAGAGACUCCUGGACAGGAACAUGGAGCUUAGAAAAAUAGGGGGCUAUGAGUAAGCCGAGGUAGCACUAAGGUAGGGACAUGUUCAGCACAGCUUUGUGUAUUAUAUUGUGUUGUAGGUUUUCUAUGUUUUCUCUGAAACCUGUAGUGAAGGUCCUUUGGUGGGCUAAUAGUUAUUGAGCAAUUCUAACAAUGGAUGCUGAGCUUGUAAAGUGUUUCUCUUGUAUAUCAAAUGUGAUGAUUAUUUCAGGUGAUUAGACCUUCAGUUUUGGACAAUCAUGUACUUUUCAGCUCACCACAUCCAUACUAACAUUUUUUGACCAUCCACAUUAAUCCCAUUUGCACACUUGAGGACUAGUUGCUGGACCUUACUCUCUUAAACGUCUACAGAAUGUAAUAUGGUACUGUAAAAACAAAGCCCAGAGACUCAGUCAGCUGUGAGUCUCAAGACUGAUUGCAUUGAUCCAUCAGAUUUUGUCAAUUACAUCCUGCAACCUCAAAGUAUUAAUGAAAAUACAGGUGUAGACAAAUAUAAUUUUAUUGCAAGAAUUGAUUUAUUGAGCUGCUUUGAAGAAAUUGUGAAGGUGAAAAUAUAGCCUCUUAGUAUCAUGAAAUGUUAAAGUCAGCAAAACCUUUGUGUCAAUUCAAGCUCUACAACAUUAUUAUCUAUGGUUCCUUCCAUUUUUCAUCUGUAUUAUUUAGGGUUACAAUCCAAAAAUCAAAUCAGAGAUGAGUGGCAGAUAACAAGUUCAACAAUAUUGGCCACUUUACAGCAAAUGACACUACUGAAGUCAAGGGUUGCACAGAAAGACCUCAAGGCAAUUGAAAAUUUAAAUUAAAAAUUUAAAUUAAAAAAUUUGGUAAAUCAAUGUUCUGCAGCAUUUUCUUUCUUUGCUUGAGAACCUACUUGAACAUUUGCAGUAACACACUACACUAGAAAACUUCAGUGAAAGUAAAACUUUCUCCAAGCCUACAUAUAUAAGCUUUCUGCUAGGACAUGCCCUCUUUUCACUGUCACUAUCAGGUUGAAGGUACAGAAGCAUGAAGGCACACGCUCAGCAGUUCAGGAACAGCUUCUUCCCAUCUGCCAUCAGAUUUCUAAAUGCUUUUACACUAUUUAUCUUAGCUAUUAAAUAGACAAAUACUUACUGUAAUUCAGUAUUUUUCUUUAUAUUUAUCAUGUAUUUCAGUGUACUGCUGCUGUAAAGUUAACAAAUUUCACGACAUUUGCCAGUGAUAUUAAAUCUGAUCUGAUUUUGA